AUGCUCAAGACAAACUUCAAGGCCUAUCGAUGGGCCAUCUUCUGCUGCGCCGUAUCCUCUCUAGACGCCCUCUGUUACGGGUAUGACCAGACAUAUUACACUGGCAUUCUGGGCAUGCAAACCUUCAAGAAUGACUAUGGCUAUCUCGAUCCAGCCACCGGAAAGAAGGUCCUCGCCACCUCGUUUACCGCCGUCACGACAUCCAUCAUCUUCGUGGGCGAAUUGCUGGGCGCGCUCCUCGCUGCUCUGAUCAACGACCGGUGGGGUCGAAAGGCAGUUUUUCUAUUCGCCUCCGUCUCCAUCAUCGCCGGAGGUGUUGCCCAAUUCAUGCAGUCGUGCUCGCAGUUGGUGGCCUCUGGCAUUGACCAGGGCACCAACAGCAUCGACUCCUCCGCAUCGUACCGUAUUCCCAUGGGACUGCUGGUCCUCCUACCGACGCUGAUGCUGCUGGGAUUGCUGGUGAUUCCCAAGAGCCCGACCUGGUACAUGAACAAGGGCCGUCGCGCGGACGCGGAGAAAGCCCUUCGCGCCAUCCACAAAAGCAACCCUUCUUACGACCCGGCCACCGACCUCGCCGCGUUGGAUGAAGCCGUCCAACGGGAAAGAGACCGUCACGAAGCAGCAUCUGCCGCGUCAUCGUGGGUGGUAUUGUUGAAAGAUCCGAUCGAACGGCGAAAGCUGGUCUAUUCGUGCGGCUCGAUGUGUGCACAACAGAUCAACGGCAUCGUCUUCUUCUACUCGUACGGAGUGAUCUUUGCCCAGUCUAUCGGGCUGUCUGAGGCCUUUACCAUCUCCCUGAUCACCAACGUCCUGCAGGUGUUCGCGGUCGGUGCAUCCGUUCUCCUGGGGAACAAGGUCCGGCGCCCGACGAAUCUUCUCGUGACGACUGGGAUGAUGUUCUGCGCGUACAUCAUCAUCAUCGGUGGAAUCGCGACCAGACCGAUCACCACGAGUCCUGCGAUUGCGAUCGUGGUCAUCAGUUAUGUGGUGAUCGUCGCGUUUAACUUUGGCCUGGGUCCGUUGGCCUACACGGUGGCCAGUGAAGCCGCUGUGGGCCCGAACCGGAACAAAAUCAUGUCAUGCUCAAUCAUCACGUUCUUUCUGACAACCUGGGUCGUCUCUUUUACCGCACCGUACCUAUAUUACAGUGAGAAGCUGGGACCGAUGCUGGGAUUUGUCUAUGCCGGCACCACCGUGAUCUCUCUGCUGUACAUCUGGUUCUGCAUGGGCGAAACCGCGGGUCGAUCCAUCCUGGAGGUUUCCUUGUUCUUUGAGAAAAGGAUUCCGGUGCGCCAUUGGCGAACCCAUGUCUUUCCACAGGAGGAACUGAGUCGCGAUGAAGAUAAGAGAAGUUUGGAUGGGAAGAACCAUAUGUGUGAGCAAGUAGAAGAGCCGUAG